AUGGGAGAGAAGAAAGUUUUGAUUCUUAUCGUGUUUGUUAUGGCUUAUGGUUUGGCAGCAACAACAUUCACUGCCUCACAACUCCCUCCAACAUGCAAUGGAAAUGAAGGAUUACUCACCUUUUGUGGCCCUUAUUGCGGGAAUAUCCAACCCAAUCCAACUUCUGAUUGUUGUAAGUCAGCAGCUUCUGUAUUUCAGAGAGCCAUGGCUUCCGGUCAAGGUAUAAGAGAUCUGUGUAAUUGUCUGAGGGCUGCUGUACCAUUUUUGAACUUUAAAGAAACAAAACUUAUCAGCCUUCCUGAUGCCUGUGGGAUUAAACUUUCGUUUUCUAUGCCCUUAUGUGUAUUGGGUCCCGGGCCUUAA